UCAGUGCCGCUAUCUCAUCUUUUCAUCUACCCCAAUUUGAUUAAAAGUACGUUAGUGAUCGAGUCGUGUGUGCUUGGUGAUUUCUAUUUAUUGUCAUAGCUGACGACUGAACCAUUUCUGUCGAGCGGACCCAUUCAUAUUUCAAUAGGUCACAGAAAAUAAUGGUAAUAGCUUGAUCCGAUUGGAAAAAGCAAAAUGUUCGGUGGCAACGGAGGCGGAUAUGCGGGCAGCGGCGACUGCGCCGAGGGCUACGGGCUGGGCUACGUGGCGGGCGGCGGCCGCCUGCAGCAGUACGCGCACUUCCCGCACCAGAACGUGUGGCACCACCACCACACGCCGCACCACGACACUUACGGCAGUAGCAGCGUCGGUGGCGUAAGCUCCAUGGCCGGCGGGCUGUACCCGCAGAACAUGGUGAUGGGCUCCUGGUGCGCCCCCUACGACGCCCUGCAGCGCCCUCCUGCAUACGAUGGCGGUCUGGAAUCUUACGAAGAGGGUCGUGAGUGUGUUAACUGCGGCGCCAAUAACACCCCGCUGUGGCGCAGGGACUCCACGGGGCACUACCUAUGCAACGCCUGCGGCCUCUACCACAAGAUCAACGGCGUGAACCGGCCGCUCGUCAAGCCCAGCAAGCGGCUGUCGGCGGCGCGGCGCCACGGGCAGUGCUGCACGAACUGCGGCUCGCGCAACACCACGCUGUGGCGGCGCAACAACGAGGGCGAGCCCGUCUGCAACGCCUGCGGCCUCUACUACAAGCUGCAUGGAAUCAAUCGGCCAUUAGCAAUGAGGAAGGAUGGGAUUCAGACAAGAAAAAGAAAACCGAAAAAGUCUGCUAAUGGAGCUAAAUCAGCACAAGAAGGAUCCAAGAAAGAAGGCCAAUGUUCACCUGGUGUUGAUGAGAGCAAGCCAAGCGUUUCAGAAGUGCCAUUACCUCUAACGGCAUCCAUGUCUAGUCACGGAUCCCUAUCGAAGGCCCGCACAGAUGCACACUCCUCGGAGACGUCCCCUCACGCGCAUUCCCACAGCCAAGGCCACGGGCACACGCAGUAUCCCCUGAGCCUCCCCGCGGCACCUGGCUUCCUCUCCAAUCCUUCCAUCUUCAAUAUCAAGAGUGAGCCGAACGCGCCCAACGGCUACGACGGAUAUGCGACUCAUUCUGGCAGCCAUUACCACUCACAGCAGCACUAUUUACACGCAUUACAGUACGGCCUCGGUAACAGCGAAGAAGAAGAAGGCAGCGGGUUCCUGCACCAACGCAACGUGACCGCGCACGCCAAGCUCAUGGCUUCCACGUAGCGCGCCCCGUCCACGUCCUCUGGACGACUUCACUAAUUCGUAGCUACACUUGAAUACUGUGUCAUUUAGGUGAACCUUAAGCAAGUGGGACUGUGCAAGAUAACAGUGGCGUAGCCGUGGCACCGCACAGGCAAGGAAUUUGAUACAAUACCACCCCACCAAUGCAUUCCACAAAUUAGAUAAAGAACAAAUGCCAAGGAAUCUGUUUUAGAUUUAAGUGUAUGAUGUAAGUUAUGUAUAUAACAAAUAUUUCAAAUAUUUAUAAAUAUUUACCUACUGUAUUAAAUCCGGAUUUGUUACAUUUUACAAGUCACUCAACCAGCACAUGUAGUUAUUUUAAGCAUAAAUAUUGAUGUAGAAAAAUACUUCAUACCUAAAAAAUAUAUUUGACUAACUAGACUUCUGCUAGCUUAUGGAAUAAACUACAACUCCAGAAGUUUCUAAAUUGCUUUCUAUGAGUGCAAAAUACUUAUCAGGCACUACUCGAAAUGGUGUUACUGAGAGACGUUUUUUGCAAUGCCUCUGAAAACGGUUGUCAAUUUAAAUAACAAAGUGUUCAAAGCAGGACUACAGCGACUCUGCAUGUUAAAUACUGUGUGAAUAAACUUGGAAUGAAAACCUUAAGGUGUAAUCUGAUAGUAAUUCAAAUGAAAACGAUAAUUACUGUAAACAGAGUAGUAUUAUUUAUAGACUAGGUAAAAUGGCAUUUAUAAUUAUAUAUUUGUAAAUAGUUCUGUUAAUGACAAUUAUGUUUUUAGUAUUAGAUUUUACGAAUUUUAUUUUGAUAACAAAUAUAGACUUUGUCACGACAUCGACAUUGGCAGUAUCACAGCAAAGUUAAGCUAAAUUUACUACAACAGUAAUCUACACAAUAUGUAGUAUAUAAUAUUACAUUACAAAAUAUACCCAUAAUGUUUGAUCA